ACCAAAUCUAUAUGCCCAGCGUUCUAGUUCCUGGAGUUGAUUUACAUUAAUACUGAUAACCCACAAUCGACGCCGCGUGCUUUUUUUUUGUUGCGGGUUUCCAGCAAAUAGACUCCAGAUGAGUUCUUGUGGUUUAAAUUAUCGCAGCCCAAAUCUCUAUCACAAAACGCGCUCGCCUCUUUUUUCCCUCUAAAACGGACAAAACAGGACAGCUCGGUAUCCAUGUCACAGCCAUGGGAUUAUAUUGCUAAACUCGUCUGUAUCGGUGACUCUGGAACCGGGAAAUCUAGCCUGACUAUCCGACUGUGCGAGGGUCGAUUUUCUUCUACGCAUGAUGUAACCAUCGGUGUAGAGUUUGGAUCCCGGAUUGUUCCAGUCGGUCCGCCCGCGUCGAGAGAUUUAGAAGCGGACCCUCAAAUAUACCUUCCAAAUGACGUCUCGCCUGACCAGGAGUCGUCCUCGCAGACCGAUAGCCCCAUCAAUCGUGCCCUUUCUGGAUUACCUACCCCCCCUCAAAAACUCCAGGAAAUCCAGAAAAAAAUGAAGCUAUCUCUUUGGGAUACUGCUGGGCAAGAAACUUACAAGUCCAUUACACGGUCAUAUUUUCGGGGCGCUUCGGGUGCACUCCUUGUGUUUGAUAUUACUCGACCAACGACCUUCACUUCAUGCACUCAGUGGCUGCAAGAUUUACACCAAAUCGCUGAAGAAGGCAUCGUUGUCAUUUUGGUGGGAAACAAAAGUGAUCUUGCAGGGGACAAUUCGAAUUCAGACCAGAGGCGCGUUACUAGAGAAGAGGCAGAAGAAUGGUGUCGCUUGAAUAACGUUUUCCAGUACCUAGAGACGAGCGCGAAGUCGGGUGAGGGGGUAGAGCGUGCGUUUCUCGAAGUUGCUGAGAGAAUAUACCGCAAUAUUGAAAUUGGCAAAUAUGAUCUGAAUGAUCGCCGGAGUGGAGUAAAAAGCUUUGGGGCGACUGGCAGUGCAAGCAACAAAACCCCCAAAACUGUCACUUUAGGAAUGAAUGAUGCAAUGCGCAAAGGCGGUAAUAGCCUGGGCAGCAAUUGUUGCUAAUUCAAAUUCCCUUUUUCGCACUUCUCAGUUGAAGGCCGAUACAUCACGUAUGUCGAUUUGAAUUUUGAAUCUCCCAUUAUAUAGCUCCAAAGAGCGAUAUGCAUUUAAUUACCUCGUUCUGACACACGAAAUAUUGCUGAAACCAGAGCAAAACAGAAAUUAAUCCAUAAAUAUACAAAGGCCUCUUUUUAAAUAACGAGAGAAACAAACAAGUAUAGGGAAAAAAGGUAGCGAAGAGAAGAAACCGAGGCACGGCAAGUGAGAAAUGCACGUAUGAUGUACAUCAAUCACAAAAGCGUCUAGUUGGCAAUUCGCCAGCCACUCAGCCAGUUCAAAUGGCGCCACUGUUGACUUGGGCCUUCUAUUCCAAACACGAUCACUCUGAAGUAAGUAAAGAUCGCAGCCACCAGGAUAUAGAGGAGACCGUAUACCGCCCAGCGAGCUUUUUU